CUUUUAUUAUUGCGUGAUAAAAUGUGCAGCGUCACGUUUCUGUGCCUCUCGCCACUACAGUGCCCUUUCUGUUUUUAAGGAAAGAAGGAUUGUCCAAAUGUGGAAGAUGCAAGCAGGCAUUUUACUGCGAUGUGGAGUGUCAGAAAGAAGAUUGGCCCAUGCACAAGCUGGAAUGUUCUCCCAUGGUUGUUUUUGGGGAAAACUGGAAUCCCUCAGAGACUGUAAGGCUAACUGCAAGGAUUCUGGCCAAACAGAAGAUCCACCCAGAGCGAACACCUUCCGAGAAGUUGUUAGCUGUGAAGGAGUUUGAAUCACAUCUGGAUAAAUUAGACAACGAGAAGAAAGACUUGAUUCAGAGUGACAUAGCUGCACUUCACCACUUUUACUCCAAGCACCUUGAAUUCCCUGACAGUGAUAGCUUGGUGGUGCUCUUUGCACAGGUUAACUGUAAUGGCUUCACAAUUGAAGAUGAAGAGCUUUCUCAUUUGGGAUCGGCAAUAUUCCCUGACGUUGCAUUGAUGAAUCAUAGUUGUUGCCCCAAUGUCAUUGUGACCUACAAGGGGACCCUGGCAGAAGUAAGAGCUGUACAGGAGAUCAGCCCGGGAGAGGAGGUGUUCACCAGCUACAUCGACCUCCUGUACCCAACAGAAGAUAGGAAUGACCGGUUAAGAGAUUCUUACUUCUUUACCUGCCAGUGCCAGGAGUGUACCACCAAAGACAAGGAUAAGGCCAAGGUGGAAAUCCGGAAGCUCAGCGAUCCCCCAAAGGCAGAAACCAUCCGUGACAUGGUCAGAUAUGCACGCAACGUCAUCGAGGAGUUCCGGAGGGCCAAGCACUACAAAUCCCCUAGUGAGCUGCUGGAGAUCUGCGAGCUCAGCCAGGAGAAGAUGGGCUCGGUGUUCGAGGACAGCAACGUGUACAUGUUACACAUGAUGUACCAGGCCAUGGGCGUCUGCCUGUACAUGCAGGACUGGGAAGGAGCCCUGCGGUACGGACAGAAAAUCAUUAAGCCCUACAGCAAGCACUACCCUCUGUACUCCCUCAACGUGGCCUCCAUGUGGCUGAAGCUGGGGAGGCUGUACAUGGGCCUAGAAGACAAAGCUGCUGGAGAGAAAGCCCUGAAGAAGGCCAUCGCCAUCAUGGAAGUGGCUCACGGCAAAGAUCAUCCGUACAUUUCUGAGAUCAAACAGGAAAUUGAAAGCCACUGAAACUACGCCAACCUGUUCGUUUUUAUUUAAAUGCUGGGGCAGAAGCUGUCAAGGAUUUGAAUGUUUCCAGUCGUACACAUGACUCCCGCAUUUCUGCAAAAUCGCUGCAAUGAAAACACUACUUGCCCUUAAACCGUACUCAUGGCUUACCUGGAAGUUGGUCUUAAUCUUUACUCUUAGUACCAAAAUAAUUUUUGAAUGCUUUUGUUGCGCUAAGAGAUAAUGGCAUGGUUUCAUAUAUUAUCACAGACUUUGGUCAGAUUGAGUUUUAAAAAACGCAGUAAUUUUUCCCUCCAUGCCUGUUACAAUGUUCUGAACACACCGGAAUGAUGAGGGAGAAUAAAAAAGGUAACGGUAUUUGAAA